CCCCCCAUCUCCGCCUCUGAUUGGCUGAGCCCCCGGCUCCCCGCUCCCCCUCUCCUCCAUCCCCGAUGAAAACUGCGGGCUCCGAGCUGGGUGCAGCAACCGGAGGCGGCGGCGCGUCUGGAGGAGGCUGCGGCAGCGGAAGACCCCAGUCCAGGGACCCCCAGCCCUGGCAGUAAGUGUGGCACACCUUGGCUGAUUCCCAUCCUGUUCCCAACCCAGAUCCAGGACUGAGCUCCCAGAACCAUGAACCCGGCCAUCAGCAUCGCUCUCCUGCUAACAGUCUUGCAGGUCUCCCGAGGGCAGAAGGUGACCAGCCUAACGGCCUGCCUAGUGGACCAGAGCCUUCGUCUGGACUGCCGCCAUGAGAAUACCACCAGCUCACCCAUCCAGUACGAGUUCAGCCUGACCCGUGAGACAAAGAAGCACGUGCUCUUUGGCACCGUGGGGGUGCCUGAGCACACAUACCGCUCCCGAACCAACUUCACCAGCAAAUACAACAUGAAGGUCCUCUACUUAUCCGCCUUCACCAGCAAGGAUGAGGGGACCUACACGUGUGCACUCCACCACUCUGGCCAUUCCCCGCCCAUCUCCUCCCAGAACGUCACUGUGCUCAGAGACAAACUGGUCAAGUGUGAGGGCAUCAGCCUGCUGGCUCAGAACACCUCGUGGCUGCUUCUGCUCCUGCUCUCCCUCUCCCUUCUCCAGGCCACGGAUUUCAUGUCCCUGUGACUGGUGGGGCCCAUGGAGGAGAUAGGAAGCCUCAAAUUCCAGUGCAGAGAUCCUACUUCUCUGAAUCGGCUGACCCCCUCCCCACAGUCCCUCACACCUCGAGGAGAAGUGGGGACCCCAUCCCUCAUCAGGAGUCCCAGUGCUGCAUGCGAUUAUCUACCCACAUCCCCGCGGCACCUCACCCUCUCCACACACCUCUGGCUGUCUUUUUGUACUCUUUGUUCCAGAGCUGCUUCUGUCUGGUUUAUUUAGGGUUUAUCCUUCCUUUUCUUUGAGAGUUCGUGAAGAGGGAAGCCAGGAUUGGGGACCUGAUAGAGAGUGAGAGCAUGUGAGGGGUAGUGGGAUGGUGGGGUACCAGCCACUGGAGGGGUCAUCCUUGCCCAUUGGGACCAGAGACCUGGGAGAGACUUGCAUGAGGAGUGGUUGGGCUGUGCCUGAACCUAGCACGGACACAGUCUGUCCUGAGAGCACUCCUCAGCAGGCAUGGCUGGUGCCUGAAGACCCCAGAUGUGAGGGCACCACCAAGAAUUUGUGGCCUACCUUGUGAGGGAGAGAACUGAGCAUCUCCAGCAUUCUCAGCCACAACCAAAAAAUAAAAAAUAAAAACAGCCCUCCUUACCACUGUGCAAGUUCCCCAAGGGCUUUGGGGCAUGAGCCGGUGAAGAUGCAGGUUUGACCGGGAAAGCAGCGCUAGUGGAGGGUUGGAGGAGGAAGUAAAGGAUGAGGGUUCAUCAUCCCUCCCUGCCUAAGGAAGCUAAAAGCAUGGGCCUGCUGCCCCUCCCUGCCUCCACCCACAGUGGAGAGGGCUACAGAGGAGGACAAGACCCUCUCAGGCUGUCCCAAGCUCCCAAGAGCUUCCAGAGCUCUGACCCACAGCCUCCAAGUCAGGUGCGGUGGAGUCCCAGAGCUGCACAGAGUUUGGCCCAAGUUUCUAAGGGAGGUACUUCCUCCCCUCGCCCAUCAGUGCCAGCCCCUGCUGGCUGGUGCCUGAGCCCCUCAGACAGCCCCCUGCCCCGCAGGCCUGCCUUCUCAGGGACCUCUGUGGGGCCCGAGGCAGGCCAUGGAGUGAGACCCAGGAGCUGGACACUUCUCGGGAAAUGGCUUUUCCCAACCCCCAGCCCCCGCCCGGUGGUUCUUCCUGUUCUGUGACUGUGCAUAGUGCCACCACAGCUUAUGGCAUCUCAUUGAGGAAAAAGAAAACUGCACAAUAAAACCAAGCCUCUGGAAUCUGU